AUGCCCCCUUUAAUCCCCUGCGAUCCAUCACUAGUAAUGGCCAACAUAGUCAGUGACGAAGCUCUCCAAAUCGUAUCCCAAAUCUCCGCCUUCCAAGCUCCCGUCGAUGCCGCCCAAGAAGAACUCAACACCCUUCUAACCGCAAAACGCAGUCUCAAAAUGACAUGUAUAGAACUCAUGAAUCUCGGCAUUGGCACCAGCAAAUUCAGCGACUCAAUCGAGAAACUAGAUUCCCGAAUCGAAAGCGCCGCAUGCGACUACGCCGAGGAGAAAAUUAAAUCCGAAGAGAAGAUCCAACCGCGUCGCGCACAAAUCAGAAGCGUUCAUGUGAAUAUGGAAAGCCCAGUGGAUUACGUCAAAACGCAAAUUAAACGCAUGCCACUGGCUUCCGAUUCGUUAAAUAUGGAUUUUUACCAAUGGUACAAAUUGUCAAGAGUCCAAAUCGCUGGCGAGUAA